AUGCAGAACGCCUCUGCCCGUCCGUCUCUCUCACCAGCAGACUGCCGUACUCUUGGAAAGAUCCUCAGCGAUGUUCGCAGUCCUUCGCCUCUGUCGGUACCUGAUGUUAGCGAAGUAGACGCAAGCUUUCUUAGCGCAACGGCCGCCACCGACAAAAACAGAGCGUCCGCCUACAAAGAUGACGCGCAGUAUGAGGAUGAGCAGUACGAGUGCGGGGAUGAGCGGGAGGGCGGAUAUGAAGAUGAGGAUGGUAGCAUGGAGUUGAGUGAUGUGGACGGACAGGAACCUCUAGGGCUUGCAGAGUACGAACCUGACACGAUUGAGGAUAUUAUGAAUUUACCGGGGCAGACUGCCCCUCCUGCCCCGGUCCAGGAUUUCAGCAACCUCUAUGCUCACGACUUGCCAGCGGAUUACGAGAUGAAGAAGAAGCAAGAGCUGGCUGCUCGUGCUUCGAUUGAGGAGGCGCUAGAGAAGCAGCGAUUGGAGCACGAGGGUGUACAGCUAGUUGCAGCCGAAGAUGACAGGUACGAAGAUUAUAUGGCUUUGGAUGAGAUGCAGGGCGAAGAGUUGGAUUUCUCUGAGGACCCAGUAUUCCAAGCUCUUCAGGUUGAAAUCGGCAUGAGAGCGAUGAACAAGGACGAGGAGGAAGAGGGAGAGGUUGAGGUACGCUUGACAACACAUCCACCCACAGUUACCACCGCUCGCCGAGCCUCAGAAGAUGCACCGAUGAGUUCGCUCUCCUUCCCUCUCCAGGUCAACUCGCCAGCAGUCAUACAAACCCCAGGCGGCAAGCACAUCGGCUUCGCUCCCAACGCUACCAUUCCUGACACGCCCUUUGCCAAGACCUUGAACUACUUCAAGCAGUACAAAGGCAAAGAGAACUCACCUUCCAAACGCCGUCGGAAUGCCUCGUCCCCCGAAGAGAUUGCGGAACUCGCUCGUGAAGCUAUAGAUGACGACGAAGAGGGCCUGAAGGAUCUGGACAAGUAUCGCGAAAUGGAUCUCGCACCCAUGGAGCCUGUGAUGGAGAGCGACUCGGCUGGCGACUUGAUCACAUUGGGCACCCCGGCGAAGGCUCGGCGCUCUCAGAGCUUCACUGCCGUGGGUCAGGGUCCAUUUCAGCUGCAGUGCAUGCUUGCUAAUGAGAGGGUCGGGCUGGAUCAACAUACCAUCCCAGAGCUAGUUGAGGCAGCUAACGAAGAGAUCGAAUGUGAUGCAUUGAGACAGUUGGAGGAUCGAGAGCAGACCGCUUCUCCUCUCUUUACGCAUUCUUCUAUACGCGAGCAAGACAAAGACAACGAUGCCGAUACGGAAGACUCGGACUAUGUCUCACGCACAGUGCAAAAGGAGAAUCAGCUCGUACAGAUCUCACAGCACCCAACAUUCAUACUCGUUGUUGAAAUGCUUCCGGGGGCUAUGUUCUGGGCAACCGCUGCGCAGAUUGUGAAGUAUAGCAACGGGGCGUUUGAUAUGCUUGUGGAGAAGCUUACAGGGUUGAAGGUGUAA